UGACGCACCUAACCUAUCGGUGACAGAAAAUUCGGCGCGUCUCCAACAAAUUUUUAAUACGUAAACUGCAAUGGAAGAUCAGGUCCAAUUUGGCGACGUUUCGGCGACGUUGUUUCGAUCAGAACGGUUUGUCCGAGGGAGAGACAAGAGGCUGGCGACAAGACCAACUUCAAACGCGCCGAGCGCGAGCUUCGCUCACUCGGGAAAGCAGAAGAGACGGGCCGAAGAGUCAAGUGGGCCGUAUGGAUCGUGUCGAUUUCUCCAUCUUGAAGAACCCGAUUCCCGUACCGAAUGGGAAAGACGCCGCGAAGAGAAGAGAGCGUUUAGCUUCUUAAAGUCCGACGAGAAUUUCUCCAAGUUUCUUAGCACACGGAGAUCUUCUCUUAAAAUUGAUCCUGAACACCAUGUCAUCGUGGGACAACGUGGUAUGUUGAACAAUUUUAUGAGAGCUUUGAUUUGAUGAGAGCUGAAAUUUUGAAGAAUAAUUACGCGGGACAACACGGCAUUUCGAACAAUUGUAUGAGAGUUUCUCGAAACUACAAUUUCAACAAAAGAAUUUUCCGAAACUACCAU